UCCAGUGCUACUCCUGGUUAUUAUCAGCCCCUUUUCCAUAGCCCAGGGCAGACAGACAGGAGGUAUAAAAGUAGCGUCGGCACUCCUUGUUGCUCUUCCUCGAAAGGCGGCUCUUCCAGUCAGCGAUCGUAGAAGGUGACUACAGAAAGAAAGUUAGUACGCCGAGCUUCAAAACCGUCGCGGUUCAAAAUGGUCCAAGCAAAUCACCACGCAAGCCUCUCCCUCCUGGUGGCCGCCUUCGCGGCCGUAGCCAGAGCCCGCAGCUGCCAGGAUGUUGCUGUUCCGAUCUCGAUAUCGGCGCGCAACACCAACUUCGCGCUCAGCCCACCUACCAGCGACAGCGAGGUAACGAGCUUCAUUCUGAACCUGGCGCAAGCGGGAAAGAAUUCUGCUGCUGCCAUCGUAAGCGAUGGCGGCGACGAGUUUGUGGACAUAUCUGGAGACUACACCAUCACCGGCACGUACUGCGUGCCAGAUUCGGGACCGGGCCGGGCGGUACAGAUCCUAACACACGGCAUUGGAUUCGACCGGUCCUACUGGGAUUUCUCCCUCUCCCCGCGCUCAUCGUCGUCCCCUUUCUCCUUCAACCGCACCCAGCGCAACCAGACCGGAUAUAGCAGCGGCAACAGCGCCGACUACAGCUACGUGAACGCGGCUAUCGCCCAGAAUUACAGCACCUUCGCGUACGACCGCUUGGGUACGGGAGGCUCGCUCCCGAGCGACGGCCGUCCCGUUGACCCCGUAAACGAGCUCCAGGCCCCGGUCGAGGUCGCUGUGCUCCGCGCCCUCACAGUGGCCCUCCGCUCCGCUGGUGUCCCCGGGGUCCGCACCCGCUACGAUAAAGUCGUCCAUGUCGGCCACGGUUACGGCUCCUUGCUGACAUACGCGCUGGUGGCUUCUUCCUCUUCGUCCCAGUCUUCCCAGCCUUCAUAUCCCGCGUCUUCGCCUCCCUCGGAGCAGUCUUCGUCUCCGUCUACACCUUAUGCCUCCCCUCCCUUCGAUAGCAACCAGACUUCCCAUUAUCCUACAAACAAUCCUUCUUCUAAGCGCACUACUGGCCGUGCCCUCACCUUCUCCCCCCGACUCUCUCGAAGUUCGGCCUACCUGGGGGCGGUACCUGUGGGCAAUGGAACUACACCUGGAGGCAAUAGCGCCGGGAGUGGCAUCCCCUACAACGGCGGUAUCAACGGUACUAGCGGAAAUUAUACCGGCGGUAGCAGCGGCAGCGGUGAGCUCUCCGACGGAAUCGUCCUAACGAGCUUCGGGCACACCUCGCGGGACUACUUUUCGCGGUUCCUUCUGGGGGCGAACUUCGUUUCGGCCUCGAACGCACCGGAUUCCUCCCGGCCCACCAACGUCUCCAACUUCUCCUCGUACCCCGCGACGACGGGCGUCGACUCUUCCGACGCCGGCUACCCGGGCGGCUGGCUCGUGCCGGGCGACGCCAGGGGCGUCCAGACCUACACGGUUGCGCCCCAGGGCAUUGACCCGGCCGUCUUGCAGGCCGUUUACAGCGACGUCCAGCCCGUCGCUGUCGCCGAGCUCCUGAGCCUCAGCGCCCUCGCUUCCGGGCAGAGCGCAUUCGCUGGGCCCGUGCUGGUGGUUACUGGAGAGCGCGACAUUUCGGUUUGCGGAGGCAAUUGUCUGUCGUCCGACCCGCCUAUUCCCGCCAGGUUAGAACAAUACUUCACGAAUGCGAGCGUGUUCGAAUCUAGCAUCGUUCUCGGCGCCGGGAACGGCUUGAACUUGGAGCCCUCAGCAGAGACGACGUUCGGCUCAAUUCUAGACUUCCUUAACGGAAAUGUCUAGAGUUUGGCUUGUUACUCGACAUACUGUGUGAAGAAGCGAAAUGUAUUACUACCUGGGCAUGACUGACUACAAUGUAGAGGUUGUUGUUGUCGUCCG